AUGCCUCGCGAAAUUUCAGACAUCAAGAACUUCAUCGAGAUUUGCAGACGCAAGGAUGCUUCAUCUGCCCGCAUAAAGCGCAACAAGAAGUCCUCGCAAAUCAAGUUCAAGGUCCGAUGCCAAAGACACCUGUACACCCUUGUUUUGAAGGAUACCGAGAAGGCCGAGAAGUUGAAGCAAUCGCUGCCACCUAACCUUACCAUCGCCGAUACCCCAAAGAAGAACGCCAAGGGAAAGCGAAGCGCAUAA